GGAGAAAUGUGGAGAUCCAAAGCUCGCUCUCUCCUCCUCAGAUCUCUCCACUCUCACACCCGUUCCCAAUCUCAGGCACCUCGCAAAACCCUAGCGCUAAGCCCAAUCCCCCGCCCCCAUCUCCUCCCCUCUCGUCUCAUCCGAAACCCUAGCUUCUUCUCCUCUCAGCACGACGCCUCAAGCCCUAGCGACGAAGCCCCCGAUCCCGGAGAGGCCUCAUCCUGGACUCCCGAAGAACCCGAGGGUUCCAAUGGGACACCGCCUUGGGAUUUGGAAGAUCACGAUGAUAAAGGCGCCGCCUUUGGAGAAAUUACCCAAGAACCGGCCGAUUCUUCUCCGCUGGAAGUAGAAGGAGAUGGAGAUGGAGCUCAGGUUGCGACUGCUGAGAUCUCUCCCGAGUUGAUCAAGAGCGUUGUUUCUAUUCUAAAGGGUGGUGAAGAAGAGGCGAUUGAAUCGAGCUUGGAUAAGUUGGAGCCGACUUUGAGCGAGGAAUUUGUGGUUAAAGUGAUCGAGGCUUCGGAUGGAGUCGGCGGCAAGAAUUUGAUUGGAUUCUAUAAACGGGCUUUAGAGAUGGAGGAAUCUGUGAAGACUUCGAGGGCCAUGGAGCUUCUUGUUCUUUCUGUGAAGAGUUCACCUGAGCUUGGUAAGAAGGAAGCUUACAUGUUGUGGGAUUUGGUUAAGGAGCUGGGCAAGGAGAUUGGGGUUUUGAGUACUGAGAUGUUGAAUGAGCUGAUAUCGAUUUUUUGGCAAUUGGGUAAGGCUAAGGCUGGUUUUGAGGUCUUUAACAAGUUUAAUGAGUUUGGUUGUAGUCAUGAUGCGGAUAGUUAUUACUACACCAUCCAAGCUCUUGGCAAGAGAUCGAUGUUUGACAGUGCAUGGUCUGUUUGUGAGAAAAUGCUUAGUUGUGGAAACCUACCCAACAGAGAGAAGAUCGGAGAGAUUAUCACCUUCUUUUGCAAAGGAAAGAAGGCGAAAGAGGCCCAUUUGGUCUAUUUAAUGGCAAAGGAGAAGAAUCUAUCUCCUCCAAGGUCUAGCUUGGAUUUCUUAAUCUGUGGACUGGCUCGAAACGAUGGAACUGUUUCUUUAGCAUUCGAGUUACUCGAAGACUAUCCAAAGGGGUCAUUUAAGUAUGCAAAUAAGACUUAUGGUGCUGUUGUUAAAUCAUUGUGUAGGGUUAAGAAAACCCUGGAGGCAAAAAGUUUGCUACUGAAAAUGGUUGAAUCAGGCCCGGCACCGGGGAAUGCUUCUUUCAACUAUGUUAUUAAUGCACUCUCUAAAGGAGGUGAGUUGGAGGAUGCAUUAGCUUUGAUGAAAGUGAUGGAGAGCAGAGGACUAAGGCCGGAUGUUUAUACGUAUACUGUGGUUAUGAGUGGAUAUGCAAAGGGGGGUUUGAUGGAUGAGGCAUAUAGGAUAUUCUGUGAAGCCAAGAAAAGGCAUGGUAAGCUGAGCCCUGCUACUUACCAUGUUCUUACUCGGGGAUAUUGUAAAAUGGAGGAGUUUGACAAGGCACUUGAAAUUAUGAAAGAGAUGAAGGUAAAUGGAGUACAACCGAAUGCUGAUGAGUAUAAUAAAAUGAUACAGUCAUUGUGCCUCAAGGCUUUGGAUUGGCGUUCAGCGGAGAAUCUCUUGGAGGAGAUGAAAGAGAGUGGGAUGUAUCUUAAGGGGGCUACCCGUAGUCUUGUGGCAGCGGUGAGGGAAAUAGAAGAGGAGGAAACACAGCCAGAGGAAGUUAGUAUUGAAGCUUAAUUUCUUGCUCAGGAUGUUGAAGUUGAACUUUUGCGUCAAUAAUUUUUCUUCCCCUCUUUCAGAUUGUGCUGGGGGAUUACUCGUGCAAGGUAAACUCCGCUUCGCCAGAUGCUUAUGUACAAAGUGAAAAACACGCAAUGGUUGUUAAUAUCAUCCUCGUAAUUCUGGGAAAUUGUAGACUGUAUGAAGAGACAAAUCUUGAGUCAAAAAGCCAUGAAGACGUGAUAUAUUACCAAGAAAAGCUGGAAAGGGGAAGGAGGCAAACGACAGGGUCACUCCAUUUUGGGGAUUGAUGGAGGACAAGGAGCAAAGGGUGAGGGCCCUUCUAUAUGACGGCCAUGUAUUGGCUGGCGUUUUGGUAAUAAAAAAAGAGAGAUGCGAUUGUAGGCUGAUUUGGUAGAACCUAUUAAGUGAUUGAUUCUCCUAUUAAUGUUCUACUAUUGUGCAUUUCGGGCA